UCUUUUUUGCCGUUAGUCGGGGCAGCCUGAGCUCUGUUGAUACUGAAGGCUAGCAACUACGGGUACCAAAGGCGGGCCCUUACGGACCGCUGCCUCGCCAAAGUAAGGUGACUUGGUUUCCUGAAGGUCGCGCAGGUAGCCGAGGGUCCACACACACGCGCUCGCCGCGGUCUCCCAGGGAACGACGCUGCGCGCAGGUCGGGGCUGGGUCGGCGUGCGCGUGCGCAGUGCGCGGUGUUUGCUCAGACCCGGAGUAAUGGGAGUGGGCGUUUGAUUCCAGCGGAAGAUGGCCCAUUUCUCCCAGGAGGACGAGACGCUGCUGCAGGCGAUGCUGAGGCAGUUGUUUCAGAGCGUGAAGGAGAAAAUCACGGGUGCUCCCUCUCUGGAGUGCGCCGAGGAGAUCCUCUUACGUCUGGAGGAAACUGAUGAAAAUUUUCACAACUAUGAAUUUGUGAAAUACCUUAGACAGCGUAUAUGUAAUACGUUGGGGGCUAUGAUUGAAGAAGAAAUGGAAAAAUGCAUAUCUGAUCAGAAUCAGGUUGAGGAAUCUGGCUAUGACACAGUUGUACAGCAUGUUACUAAAAGAACUCAGGAAUCUAAAGAGUACAAAGAAAUGAUGCAUUCCCUGAAGAGCACUAUGAUUGUUGUGGUGGACUCUAUGAUUAACAGGUUUGAGGAAGAUGAGAUACGAAGUCAAGAGAGGCAGAAAAAAAUACAAAAGGAGAAAAGCAGUAGUUACUGCACAGACAAUUGCUCUGAUAGUGAUUCAUCAUUCAAUCAGAGUUACAAAUUUUGUCAAGGAAAAUUACAAUUGAUUUUAGAGCAGUUGGAUCCUGGGCAACCUAAAGAGGUGAGAUAUGAAGCCUUGCAAACGUUAUCUUCAGCUCCUCCAUCUGAUGUCCUAAACUGUGAAAACUGGACCACUCUCUGUGAAAAACUGACAGUGUCUCUUUCAGAUCCUGAUCCUGUGUUUAGUGUUCGUCUUCUGAAUGAGUAUCAGAAAGAGGCUCCAUCUUUCUGGAUUCGUCACACAGAGAAGUAUAUGGAAGAAAUUGUGGAGAGUACUUUGUCCUUGUUAUCAGUUAAACAUAAUCAAAGUCAUCAUGUCUCACAAAAGAUUUUAGAUCCGAUCUACUUUUUUGCAUUAGUCGAUACCAAGGCUGUGUGGUUCAAAAAGUGGAUGCAUGCAUAUUAUAGCAGAACUGCAGUUCUAAGACUUCUUGAAAAGAAAUAUAAGUCUCUGAUAACUACAGCAGUUCAGCAGUGUGUUCAGUACUUUGAACUGUGUGAGACCAUGAAAGCUGAGGAAGCUUUGGAACAUUCAAAGCAUUGCAGAAACAACCAGAGAACUUUCUACUACUUAGGACAAGAAUUACAAUAUAUUUAUUUCAUUCAUUCAGUGUGUCUUUUAGGAAGAUUAUUGAUCUAUACACAAGGCAGAAAACUAUUUCCUAUAAAGCUGAAGGAUAGAAAAGAUUCAGUAUCCCUUGCAGACCUGCUGGUUCUAUUUAUCCAACUUAUCUAUUAUUCACCAAGUUGUCCAAAGAUGACAUCGGUUGUACAUUCAGAGAAUUACUCUCCUGGAAGUAUGGUGACUGAAGUUCUUCAGAUACUCUGUGAUCAAAAAGAAUGUGCAAUCGAAUGCUUAUGUAACAACACUGUGAUAGAGACCCUUCUUCAACCUAUUCAUAAUUUAAUGAACGGAAGUGAGGCUGCUCCAAAUUGCUCUGAGACAGCUUUAAUUCAUAUAGCUGAUAUCUUGGCAAGAAUUGCAUUAGUAGAAGAAGGACUUAUUUUACUUCUUUAUGGAGAAAAUAUUAACUCUUCGGAAGAAGAAAGUCCUACAGGUGCUCAUGUAAUUGCUUGGUUUUCGAAAAAGCUUCUUGAUGAAGAUAUUUCUAUUUUUUCUGGAUCGGAAAUGUUGCCUGUGGUUAAAGGAGCUUUUAUUUCUGUGUGUCGUCAAAUAUAUAGUACAUGUGAAGGCUUGCAGGUGUUAAUUCCUUAUAAUUUGCAUGAAUCUAUAGCAAAGGCAUGGAAGAAGACAAGUUUGCUAUCAGAAAGAAUUCCUACCCCAGUAGAGAGUUCUGAUUCUGUUUCUUCAGCAAGCCAAGAAUCUCAAAACAUUGUGGCUUGGGAAGAGAAUUUGUUAGAUGAUUUACUAAAUUUUGCUGCCACCCCCAAAGGAUUAUUACUUCUUCAAAGAACAGGUGCCAUCAAUGAAUGUGUGACAUUUAUGUUCAGCCAAUAUGCAAAAAAAUUACAGAUCAGCAGGCAUAAAAAGUUUGGCUAUGGAGUUUUGUUUACACAAAUAGCAUCAACAGCAGCAGGAGCCAUAGCACUACAAAAUUCAGGAUUUAUUAAUGCACUUAUAACUGAAUUAUGGUCCAACCUGGAAUAUGGAAGAGAUGAUGUUAGGGUAACCCAUCCCAGAUCUACUCCAGUGGAUCCUAUUGAUCGAAGCUGUCAACAGUCUUUUCUAGCACUGGUGAACUUGUUAUCCUAUCCUGUUGUUUAUGAGCUGGUAGGCAAUCAAGAUCUUCCUAAUAAAGCAGAAUAUUCUCUUCGUGAAGUCCCAACGUGUGUCAUUGAUAUUAUUGAUAGACUUAUAAUUUUGAAUUCUGAAGCUAAGAUUCGUUCAUUAUUCAACUAUGAACAAUCACAUAUCUUUGGCCUAAGGUUAUUAAAUGUAGUAUGCUGUGAUCUGGACACUCUUCUUCUAUUAGAGGCUCAGUAUCAAGUAUCUGAAAUGCUGCUAAAUGCUCAGGAAGAAAAUAUCUUAGAGACUUCUGAGCGCCACAGGGGCUUUAUAAUUGAUGGCUUAUCUGUAGAGAGAAAUCAUGUUCUUGUUAGAAUGAAUCUUAUUGGUGGGCCAUUGGAACGGAUUUUGCCUCCAAGGAUAUUAGAGAAGGGUGAGAAUCCAUAUCCUUGGCCAAUGUUUUCAUCAUAUCCCUUGCCAAACUGCUAUCUUUCAGAAGUUACAAGAAAUGAUGAUACAAAAGAAGAUAAUGAUCUUGGCAGGCUUUUAUUAUGCUUCAAAAUGUCUGAUAAACAAACUGAAUGGAUAGAAAACUGCCGAAGACAAUUUUGCAAAAUGAUGAAGGUGAAACCUGAUAUAAUUAGUGGAGGUGCUUUAGUAGAAUUACUUGAAAAAUUUGUGCUUCAUCUCACGGAAAGCCCUUCUGAAUGCUACUUCCCCUCAGUGGAAUAUACAGCUACUGAUGCAAAUGUGAGGAAUGAAAGUCUUUCAUCUGUGCAACAGCUUGGCAUUAAAAUGACUGUCAGGUAUGGCAAGUUCCUCAACUUGUUCAAAGAUGGUGCAGAAAACGAUCUUACCUUGGUUUUAAAGCACUGUGAAAGACUCCUGAAACAACAGCAAGAUUCUAUAAAAUCUUCUCUUCUCUGUCUGCAAGGGAGUUAUGCUGGCCAUGACUGGUUUGUAUCUUCUCUGUUCAUGAUAAUGUUGGGGGACAAAGAGAAAACAAUCCAAUUUCUUCAGCAGUUCUCCAGGCUUUUGACCUCUGCUUUCCUUUGGUUGCCGAGACUACACAUUUCUAGGUACCUACCUGUUGACACUGUAGCAUCUGGCAUCCAUCCGAUAUAUUUUUGCAGCUCACAUUAUAUUGAAAUGCUACUGAAAGCUGAGGUGCCACUUGUAUUUUCAGCUUUUCACAUGUCUGGUUUUGCACCAUCACAGAUUUGCCUGCAAUGGAUAACUCAGUGUUUUUGGAAUUAUUUAGAUUGGAUAGAAAUCUGCCAUUAUAUUGCUACUUGUGUUUUCCUUGGUCCUGAUUAUCAAGUAUAUAUCUGUAUAGCUAUAUUCAAACAUCUACAACAAGACAUUCUACAGCACACACAGACUCAAGAUCUGCAAGUUUUCCUGAAAGAAGAAGCACUGCAUGGGUUUCGAGUGAGUAAUUAUUUUGAAUACAUGGAAAUUUUGGAACAAAACUACCGACCAAUGCUGCUGAGAGACAUGCGGAACAUUAGAGUGCAGAGCACAUAGAUCAUGAGACACACAGUUUAAUUUUGUUUUCUUUAUUUUUAAAGGAAACAAGGGGACUUGAUUGUUUUCUAUCUGUAUCUGUAACAACAUAUGCUUUGUGAAUACACUGACUGUAAAUCAAUACUGGGAGGUUUUGAAUAUAAUAAUAUAUUCAAGUAGGUAUUAGUUCAAUUUGUGAAUUGAUUUUUAUAAGUGUGUUGUUUUGUAAGGUUGUUUUAGAAUCAGAUCUAGCUUACUUACAGUUCUAAUUCGUGUUUCAGUGUUAGUCCCAACCUACAUCUCCUUUUUCUCCAAAUGAUCAAAAUAUUUUUUCCAGUGAGUUUGGAAAGAAGCAGCAAUGUUGUAAAUAAUUACUUAAAUAGCUGCAGAGAGUCCAUAAAGACAAGGAAAAGACAGCUAUUUUCUGCAUACUUUAUGCCUGUACAUAUGAAGGAAAAUAGACAAAAACACAACUGCUUAUUUCACAUGUGCAGGAACAAAUGAUAUUUAUUAUGGCAGGAAAUAGAAAAACUGUUGUACUCGGAUAUAAUUGUUUUUCUAGGAGUUACUUUUGAUACCUAUAUCAUUUUAUAAAUUUUCACUUGAAAUAUAAUCUUUACAUGGUUCAUUUAAAAGACAGAUUGGUUAUUUCAUAUUGAUAAGCAUUCUACUUUUAUUUGUUAUGCAUUUUCUUUAGUGAUAGAUUUGAUGUGUACUGAACUUGAAAACAUUAAGGAGAAUAGAUUUCUAAAUUAUUUUAAAUGACUAACACUGUGUUUGAUUUUAUUUAAAUAGAAGUCUGUGCACCAGUCAGAAUAAUACAAUAUGUUAGGGUCUAUGUUUUUAUAAGUGUCACAUUUAAUAUAUGAAACAUAAUAUACAAAUAUAUUAAGCUAUUAAUUUUUCACUCACCAAUUUAUUUCAACAGACUUUUUUUUAAAUCAUAGAAGUCAUUUUGUAUUCUUUCCUUAUAUCUAAAUAUAAAUCAACUAUUAAAACCAUUCUGAAGCUAACUCUACUUUUUUUCUUUUCAACCAAAAAUUGAUCACCCACAAACUCAUUUUUCCUUUUAGCAUGAUGAAACAACUGGCACUAUACAGUUUUCAAUUUUGUGAUAUUUAGGCUAUUGCAAUAUCAACCUUCCGAAAUCAAGUUUUAUGCUGUAAAUGCCAACAAUAGCUUCUCAGUAAUGGUGUUCCUAAAGGGCAUUGUAAAGUUGAGAAAAGUAAUUUGAGCAAGUUAAUUUGAUGUAUUGCGUACUUUCGCUCCGGCUGAUGUGAGUUAAAUAAGAGAGUGCUAGAUGACUUGAAACACCCAGCUUUGUCUACUUUCAAGCUUAAUUUUGAAAAGAUGUUCCAUGGAACUUGUAGUACGUUUAUGGUUCCAUUUCUACCCAUUCUGUUCCUGAGUUAUUGCUAUAGGUCCUGAGAAACUUGGAGCUUUAUUUCUUUUUAUAAUCUUUUACACGAUAGUUGGAAAUACAAAUGGAAAAGAAUGAACUGUAAUUUAAUUUUAGUAUAUUCAUUGGUGAUUGUUAUUGGAAACUGAGGUAAGAUCUAGAUUCUAACAAAUACAUUUUUUUUAAAAAGUAAUUUCAUUUGGAGCUACAAGGCUUUCAUUUUCAUUUGAUAAAUAAGAAGUGUCUUAUGAACAAUGACCUAGCAAUUUGUUUGGUGGAGGAAUAUGUAAAAUAUGGUAGUUUGUGUAGCUGCCAUAAUGAGUCAUUUUCAUAUUUAUUUUUAUUUUAAGAGUACCCUUUAGGAUAAGAAUACCCUGCCUUGCCCCUUGGUUUUGUUUUUAAUUAUUUAAAGUAUAUGUCCUUAGAACAGACUUUAAUUCUAAUGUGUGAAGGGGUAACUUAUACAUUUUACAGUACUCAAUUAUAAUAAUAAAUUAUAUUUUACGAUAUAAUGAAAACAAAUUUGUGAAA